AAUGUACAGGGUCACAUGCAUUGUGGCCCCUACGGUGUCUCAUUCAAGAGCAUCCCACACGAGGGAGAUUGCUGCAAAGGAUUUUGCUUUCAUCAACAGAAAAAACGAGGGGACAAAUUUUUGGUUGUAGUAUUGUCUUUGACUCUCUCUCUUUCCCCCUCCAACCGUUUCUAUCUUUACCUCGGAAAGGUGGGCAGUAGAGAGGGAGCAUUUCCAGAAACAAGUUGCUCUGCAGCAGCCCCGUUAUCUCAGCUCAAGAUGUACAGCUUCAUGGGAGGGGGCCUGUUCUGUGCUAUUGUUGGUAAUAUCCUGUUGGUAGUCUCCACUGCAACUGACUACUGGAUGCAGUACCGUCUCUCUGGAAGCUAUGCCCACCAGGGUCUCUGGAGGUACUGCAUGUCCAACAAGUGCUACAUGCAGACUGACAGCAUAGCUUACUGGAAUGCCACCAGGGCCUUCAUGAUCCUUUCAGGGAUGUCGUGCUUUGCAGGCAUCAUCGCUGGCAUCAUGUCCUUUGCUCACUUCUCGUCCUUUGAAAGGUUCAACCGCUCCUUUGCUGCAGGAAUCAUGUUUUUUGUCUCCACUUUCUUUGUUCUGCUGGGUAUGGCCAUUUAUACUGGAGUGACAAUCAACUUCCUGGGGAGGCGCUUCGGUGACUGGCGCUUCUCCUGGUCCUACAUACUGGGCUGGGUGGCCAUGCUCAUGACCUUCUUUGCAGGUAUUUUCUACAUAUGUGCCUACAGAAUGUGUGAAUGCAGGAGAGGAACUGGCCCACGCUAGAGGGAGACAGACACUUUGUCAAAAAAAAAAAUCCCACAAUCCCACUUUUAAUUGAGGAGAAACAGAAGACAGUCUUGACUGAUCUACUGAAGAGAUGACAUCUGGUGUGGCUCCUGAAGGCCUUUGACGGUCUUGUUAACAUGUUUUCUAAAAGUCGUAUUCUUGCAAUAUGGAUUAUUUUUUUAGGAAUAGUCAUGAUGAUAGCACAGAGGAAAAACAAGCUUAAUAAAACUAAUCGUGUGUCUAAA